GUCCGUUGCCCAGCUCCUGCUCCUGUGGAAUAUGUUCAAGCUACUCGGUGUGACGCUGCUGCUGGCGGCUGUGGUCCUUGGGCGGCCGGAGCCGCCUGUCAACUCGUAUCUGCCGCCGUCGGAUAGCUACGGAGCCCCGGGUCAGAGUGGCCCGGGUGGCCAAGGCGGUCCGGGCGGCAGGCCCUCGGAUUCCUACGGAGCGCCGGGCGGUGGAAAUGGAAACGGAGGACGUCCCUCGGACAGCUAUGGUCCUCCGGGUCUGGGUCAAGGCCAGGGACAAGGCGGCUUCGGUGGCAAACCCUCUGACACCUAUGGAGCUCCUGGAGGUGGCAACGGCAAUGGCGGUCGUCCUUCGAGCAGUUACGGCGCUCCUGGCGGCGGAAAUGGCAAUGGCGGUCGUCCUUCGGAUACUUAUGGUGCUCCUGGAGGUGGAAGUGGCAGUGGCGGGCGUCCUUCGGACUCUUAUGGUGCUCCUGGAGGCGGAAGUGGCAAUGGCGGUCGUCCUUCAAGCAGUUAUGGUGCUCCUGGACAGGGUCAAGGCGGCUACUCCAACGGAAACGGCAACGGCGGCCGUCCUUCCAGCAGUUACGGCGCUCCUGGUGGCGGAAGUGGCAAUGGCGGACGUCCUUCGGAUACCUAUGGUGCUCCUGGUGGCGGUAAUGGCAAUGGCGGACGUCCUUCGGAUACCUAUGGUGCUCCUGGUGGCGGAAGUGGCAAUGGCGGUCGUCCCUCGAGCAGCUAUGGAGCUCCUGGCCAGGGUCAAGGUGGCCAGGGCGGAUUUGGUGGACGUCCUUCUGACACGUACGGUGCUCCGGGCCAGAACGGCAACGGUGGUCGCCCCUCAAGCAGCUAUGGAGCUCCAGGAUCCGGACCCGGCGGUCGUCCCUCCGACUCCUACGGACCUCCGGCCUCGGGAGCUGGAGCAGGCGGUGCGGGAGGCAGUGGCCCUGGACAGUCUGGCGGCGGCGGCGGCGGUUCCGAUUACGACAAUGAUGAGCCCGCCAAGUACGAAUUUAAUUACCAGGUUGAGGACGCGCCCAGCGGACUCUCGUUCGGGCAUUCAGAGAUGCGCGACGGUGACUUCACCACCGGCCAGUACAAUGUCCUGUUGCCCGACGGAAGGAAGCAAAUCGUGGAGUACGAGGCCGACCAGCAGGGAUACAGGCCGCAGAUCCGCUACGAGGGUGACGCCAACGAUGGCAGUGGCAGCGGUGCCUCAGGUCCUGGUGGCCAGAACCUGGGUCCGGAUGGUUACUCCAAUGGCAGGCCAGGAGGCAACGGCGGCAAUGGCAAUGGCGGCUACUCGGGCGGACGUCCAGGUGGUCAGGAUUUGGGCCCAGGAGGCUACUCAGGUGGUCGUCCCGGUGGCCAAGACUUGGGAGCUGGAGGCUACUCUGGUGGUCGCCCAGGUGGCCAGGACCUGGGAGCUGGAGGCUACUCCAACGGACGUCCAGGUGGUCAGGACUUGGGUCGUGAUGGUUACUCCGGCGGACGUCCAGGUGGCCAGGACUUUGGCCCCGGGGGCUACUCCAACGGCAGGCCAGGCGGUAAUGGAGGCAACGGCAACGGAAAUGGUGGCUCAGACGGUCGCGUGAUCAUCGGUGGACGUGUCAUUGGUGGCGGCCAGGAUGGCGGCGAUCAGGGUUACUCCAGCGGACGUCCGGGCGGUCAGGAUCUGGGACGCGAUGGCUACUCCAGCGGACGUCCCGGCGGUCGCCCCAACGGCCAGGAUAGCCAGGACGGCCAGGGCUACUCGAGCGGCAAGCCAGGCGGUCAGGGCGGCAGGAACGGAUUCGGACCAGGUGGCCAGAAUGGCGACAACGAUGGCAGCGGCUAUCGGUACUAGAAACGCGACUCCCAGACACAUUUAGCUAGAUCCUUCGAACUUAUAGCAAUACACCUAGGCGUAAGUCCUUCUAGAACUAUGAUCUGUCCUCACCGCCUUCUUCGACAUCUCUUUGUCCCAUUCCCAUUUUUCUUCCCCCCUUUCGCUGUCCUCCGCCCAUCGAGCUUCCCCCCACUUCCUCGUAGCCAUAAGACCCAGUUGUUGUAAAUGCAAGUGCGAAAAAUAACCCAAAAAAAGA